CAAUGUACUGUGAGGAGUGUCCGCCAUUUUGUGAGGCCACACAAACACAAGCCGGUAACAGGUUGUAUGAAUAAGAUGUGAAAAUGUAUGUAUGGGUAUGCUUAAAAAUAGUUUAAAACAAGGUGGAUUGUACAGAGACAAACUCCUACCUGACGCCAAGAAACGCUAUGUUGAAAAAAUCCACUUUAUUGGAAAUGUCGAUCCUUAUGAAGUCCCAAAAGACCAGUGGAUCCGCGACCCUGACUCCUUACCUCCAAUCACUUUUCCUGAUAUUUUUACUUAUUUUGUUUGUGGUGUCAGUGCCUAUACUGCUGAACAAUUUCGCAAUUAUAAGUCUCUGGAAGCCCACGUUCAGUUUACGAAUGGUUGGGUACAUGACCUGGAGAGUUUUAAACCUGUCAACGGUGAAAACACUGUAGUCCGAACGAAGGUCAUGCACUCUCAGCGACUGAACGAACCGCCUUUAAAGCCAUGGGUGAUCGUCAGCAGCAGUGGAAAGGUGGAGUGUGCACACUGCACAUGUAUGGCAGGGGUAGCGGAAACAUGUACCCACGUAGGCGCUCUCUUGUUUAAAAUGGAGGCUACUUUUCGGAUUCGUGGGAAUAAAACUGUCACUGAUGUACCAGCAUAUUGGGUUUUGCCCAGCAAUUUGAGCAAGAUUACAGCUGAAGUGGGCUACAAGAUUGACUACACCUCAUCUGCUAGGCAAAAAAAAAUUGCUUGAUCAGCGCAUAACUGCACCCUCCACUGCGCCAGGCAUAAGGAGUCGUCCGAAAAAAAGGAAAAUUCCCCUAGCAAAACUUGAUGAGUUGUCACCUGUGCUUGACACACUGCUGCAGCAUAGCAAGGCUGUUUGUUUGUCAGGGAUGAAUGACUAUUACACACUGUACACAGACACAGUUUACCCCUCUGCGGUGCCCGAGUCCCUUGCAACAUCUCUGUAUGAUAAAAAAAUAGAUUCCCAUUACCUUUCAGCUAUCCAACUACACUGUGAGAAAUACAGAGAUGCUGCAAAUGUGACUGAUGAGCAGGCAUCAGCUAUUGAGAUGUGCACAAGACAACAGCAUAAAUCUUCUGCUUGGUAUGCAAGUCGGACUGGAAGAAUUACUGCCUCAAACAUGCAUGCAGUCUUUGCCACCAGUAUGGAAAAGCCAGCCCUGACUGUUGUUAAAAAGGUUUGCAACCCACAAAACACAGUGUCCACUGUACAAACCAGAUGGGGUAUAGAGCAUGAGAUUGAUGCUCAAAAGGCCUACCUUCACACCAGAGCCCCACAUCACACAAACCUAAAAGUCAAAGAGUGUGGUUUUAUAAUUAACCCCAGGUUUCCAGAAAUUGGAGCCUCUCCUGAUGGACUUACAAUGUGUGAUUGCUGUGGAAAAGGCUGCCUUGAAGUUAAGUGUCCUUUCAAAUAUAGAUCAUGCAGUAUCCAACAGGCCUUAGAAACAAAGGACAAAGACUUCUGUCUCGAAUUGUCAGAUGAAAAGCUUCAGCUCAAGAAAACACACAGUUAUUAUACACAGACACAGACACAAAUCUUUGUCACUGGAUCCAACCACUGUGACCUUGCUGUUUGGACUCUGGAGGACUUUGUUGUAGUACGGGUCUUUCCAGACCAAGAAUUCUGGGAUCUACGUCUACAGAAAGCACAAAUGUUUUUUGAAAAAGUUUGCCUUCCAGAGCUUGUAGCCAAAUAUUAUACCAAAGAAUACACCACAGGUACUAUAAGCUAAGUUUGUUCUCAACAUGAUUGCACUGUAUGUAAUGUAUUUACAUAUGAAGUUUGUUCUCAACAUGAUUGCACUGUAUGUAAUGUAUUUACAUAUUAAGUUUGUUCUCAACAUGAUUGCACUGUAUACAAUAUUUACGUAUGAAGUUUGUUCUCAACAUGAUUGCACUGUAUGUAAUAUUUACAUUUGAAGUUUGUUCUCAACAUGAUUAAGUUUGUUCUCAACAUGAUUGCACUGUAUACAAUAUUUACGUAUGAAGUUUGUUCUCAACAUGAUUAAGUUUGUUCUCAACAUGAUUGA